AUGUCAUGGGCAAAAUUCUACUGUCAAAUGGAUUGCGUGAGAUAUCCGUAUUCUUGUAUCAGUGAACACCUCUACAUGGAUAUGGCUGAUCGAUUAUACGAAGAUGGCUAUGCCCAAGCCGGCUAUAGGAGCGUACAUAUUGAUGAUUGCUGGAUGGAAAAUGAACGGGAUUCAGAAGGGCGAUUGAUUGCCGAUAGAAAACGAUUUGCGAGUGGAAUCGCAGCACUUGCUGAUUAUAUGCAUGAUCGUGGUCUCAAGUUAGGUAUCUAUCAGGAUUAUGGAACCAAAACUUGCGCUGGCUUUCCGGGAAGUUAUGGUUACUUGAAGACUGAUGCACAAACAUUUGCCGAUUGGAAAGUUGAUUAUUUGAAAUUGGAUGGUUGUAAUAUCGACAUUCAUAUGAUGCCCCAAGGUUAUGCUGAAAUGGGAAAGGAACUGAAUCUGACGCGUCGUCCAAUUGUUUAUUCGUGUAGCUGGCCAGCGUAUAUGAUUUCAUAUCCAGAAAUGGUCAAUACUUUAGUGGAUUACAAUUUAAUCGGUAAGCACUGUAAUUUAUGGCGAAAUUUCGAUGACAUAUCGAGAUCGUGGUGGUCGAUCAAACGAAUCAUCGAUUAUUACGACCACAAUCAAGACAAACUGAUUCCAGCGCAAGGUCCUGGACGUUGGCAUGAUCCUGAUAUGAUAAUUGUCGGUAACAACGAAAUCACACCGGAUCAAGCAAAAGUUCAAAUGAGUAUUUGGUCGAUAUGGUCGUCACCAUUGAUCAUGUCCAAUGAUCUCCGGCUGAUAGCACCCAUCUUCAGGAAUAUCCUUCUGAAUCCGUACGUGAUCGCUGUUGAUCAGGAUCCACUCGGCAUUAUGGGACGUCUGGUUGCAAACACAACCGAUAUUGGUAUAUACGUGAAGCCGAUGACACCUGUCGACUAUGCGAAGAAUCAGUAUUCUUACGCUGUCGCAAUUCUUAAUCGUAAUCCACACGAUGUUAGUUUUGGACUUGCGAGUAUUGGCUUGAGAAAUCGAGCCGGAUAUUUCAUUAUGGACCUUUGGAGUGGUCAACAAAAAGGUUUGAUGAAACCUUGGAAUAAGUACUCUGUACGGGUGAAUCCAACUGGUAUCGACUUCUUCAAAGCAACAAUCCCGAGGAGGUUCUGGACGAGAAGAUAUUAA